AUGGCGACAGUAGAAGCUCUUGCUUUGGGCCGGGAGGCCACGGGCUCUACUCUUCAGUUCUCUUCUGCCACCGAAGGCACUGCGACUCAAAUCGGCACCACCCCAACUACUCCAAUGCGCUCGGACGCGUGUGACGCGCACACUCCGCAAACUCAACGACGAUCCCUACGGCCCGGGAAGCCAACGGAACGCGCACGCGAGAUCGACGAAGGAGCUGUCAAUGACAUAGACAUUGAUAGCGAGAACACCGAACAUGGACCACAGACGAAAGGUCGGCGUGGUCGCCCACCGAAACCACCACAGGCGCAAGCCCAAACCGAAACACCCGCUCUAACCAUGGCCCAAGUGAUCGAACUGGUCCAAAACAUGGCAAUGAUCUACGAGACGAAAAUGAAAGACCACCUGAAGGCGUACGAGAGCAAGAUGGAGGCAUCAUUGGAGAUCGGCCAAAAGAACAUGGAGCGCAUUGUGGCAUUGGAAACCCAGAAUCAACGUAUGAUGGAACUGAUCAAGAACAUCGCGAAUGAAGAAGUCAAGAUGACACAAAGCUGGGCCCAGGUAGUUGCAAACGCGCCCGCCGCGAACAGUUCCUCAGCCACCACACCAGCGUCCCGACCGUCCCUUCCCAGAAGCUCGGUCAACCCUAGCAGCUCCGCUUCCCAACCGUCGAAUUUAUCGCAGUUAGCUAUCAUAAUCGAUCUCAGUCAGACCAGCGAACGAGCGAGGGAUUUCCCUCAGCUGAAAGAGAAAGUCAACGAGGCGCUCAAAAAGCAUGAAGCAACCCGAGAGGUGACCUGUACGGGGGUUGCAGCGGCGUGCGGGAGACGAAUACCACGUCAAGCUCUCCUUCGCGUCGGAGGAGAUGGCGAAGACGGCACGACAGCACGGCCAGUGGCUCGAAGAGGAUCGAUUCGACCAGGCCCGCAUGCUCGGGGGACAAUGGUACCCAGUCAAGGUUGA